AAACAAACCAACAAUGAGCACCUCCAGCCUGGUGCGUCCCGGCCUCACAACCGCCAUCGUAGGACACCUACCGGCCAUCAAGCUUCGCCUUCGGCGCAAAGUGCCCCAGCUGACCUUUCAAGACGUCCGACGGGUGCGGGCACGCUUCUAUGAAGCUCUGGCCAGUGAACUCUACGAAUCCGGUUGCCCCAAUGCAGCCUUUCUCCUGUUGCAAUUGAUCGAGUUCGAACACGAUCACGUCCCGCAAACAUCGGACUCGACAAUCGAAGAGAAACGUUUGAAAAAUUCUAAAAAUUUGCUCAACUUCCUGACUGAAUCACUGCGAGUGGCCGAGGGUCAUAAAAACGAACAGCGCUACGCAGACGAGGUAGAACACCUGCUGAUGAUUGGACGAUCCCUGCAAGAUGACCGGCACAAGCGGUGGAUCGCUCGGCAAUUUUUCCUCAUCAGCUUGGAUCGGUGCACCGAUUGUCAGCUGGAGGGGAGCUGGAUUGGGACGAAGACAAAAUAUUAUUAUGGGAUGUUUUUGAAUACGGAUAAGAAUCUGGAUGAGGCUGUAGAAAUGCUUGAAACAGCUGAGAAUUGGGCACGCGGUCAGAAUUGGGCUGUGGAAAAAGAAAAGGGAGCUUUGGGGUCUCAAUUGUUGACCACUGAAAUUUAUCACCAACUGUAUUUGGCAUAUUCGGGAAUGUGCGAUCGAUUUAAGAGAACGGAUGCGGAAAAGUUUGAUUUGUAUAUGCAAUUGAGCCACGAAGCAGCGAUAAAAUGCAAUUUGAAACACGUUCUUUGUGACUCAUAUCUAAAUUAUGGUGAUUUUCAACUCGAUCAAGGAAGCUAUCAUCAAGCUCUCGACAGCUAUAGACAAGCUUUAAGAAUGGCGAAAAGCAUUAAAGCUACCGAUAAGGAUUGUAAGAUCCAUAUACGAAUGGCUGCAGUUUAUCGAAGCCUGCAUGAUCCGAAGGAAUGUGAAUAUUGGAUGAAUAUCGUAGACAAGAUGACGGCCGACGAUCGCACUUCAGAAUGCUACGCUGAGCUGCGGAUGUUCAAUGGCGAGAUCCAUUUCGCAAACGGCAAGCAAGCUGAAGCUUUGGACGCCUUCAACGACGCUCGAGACGUCUACAAGAAUCUGAAGAAGGAGAUCAAAAUGAUUCAAGCAAGCUGCUUCGGAGCUCUUAUCGCUGGGGAUACGCAUUUCGGUCAGUAUGCAAAGUUAGUCAGGAAAGCGGAAUCUCGAGGACCAAUAUCAGAGAACGAUAGUCUCUUCAAGCUGCUCCGCUGGAACGUGGAUAAUGAACCGUUCUGGUAAACUGGUUCCGUUGAUGGUGAGAAUGGCG